AUGGCAUCCGUGGAGUUUGGUCGUAUUUGUCGGCGGUGGCGCUCAAUGACCAGGGUUCAGCGGGCCUACCGCCCGCCAUUCGUUCCUUUCUCCCCGCGGCGGAUACUGCAGGCGCGCAAUUUCCACCAGACACCACUUGCGCUGAGGAAGAAGCAGAAAGGUUCGAAAGCCGACAGCGGGGACCUCUUUGGCUCGGAUGACUCUGGGGAGUCCCUUUUCGGUCUAGAUGAUAGCUUUGGCAAGGAUGCAGGUACUCCUGAAGGGGCAGGAGGCAGCUCUUCACAAAAAUUGAGCCCGGAAGCGCGUUUGACACGCUUUAACGACACUCGCAAGUUCGUCUCUGAUAGGAUUGGGCGAAAGCCUGCUGUGAAGGUCCCGCAAGUACGAAAUGCUACGUGGCAACAUCUAUUCGGCCUGGCGACGACGAAGGAGCAGAUGGAGGGUAUUGUGGAGAUGUUCCCCCUGUGGAGAGACUCGAAGAGGAAAUUCAAUCCACAAAAUGUUGAGCUAUUCGUACGCCGGUGCGAGGAGCUGAAAUGCCCGACACUUGCUCUCCAGGUCUUCAGCGACCAUCCCAAGUAUGGUUUCGACCUGUCGUCUCUUACCGCAGCCCGCCGCCUGCUCCAUUCCUUGCAUGUCGAGCACCCUUUACAAUAUACUAUCACUCUUUCCGCACUCUUCCGCGUCUACAAGCUACCUGUCGUCUCGUCCGAUCUCCUUUCUUGCGCGAUGCUCACGUCAGCAUGCUUCAAGCACGGCACACAUCAGUCGCUCGCUAUCGCGAGCGAGAUGGUCCCGCAUCUGAUGACCCUUCUGGAGAAGGUCGAGCCGGAAACGAUGCAGCUGCCGCGCGAGAGCAUGGAGCGCGCAAAGGAGUCCGGGAAGGAGAAGGCAUGGCUCGCGUGGACGCUCAACAAGAUCGAGAAGGCGCUGCAAACAAAAGGCCAGGAUCAUGCUUGGUUGAGCCAGUGGCGGCAGGCUAGCGGACAUGCGCAAUUAUCGUCGUGA